AUGGGGGUUUCAACCCUCUUCUCUCUUAUAAACUUUCACAACCCACUCCUUCCCCCGUCGCUCACUCUCUUUCCGCCGUCACCCUCGCUUUCCCCCGCCGCCCACUCCUUCUCCCGCCGUUCUCGUUUGCCCCCGUCACCCACUCUUUCCCCCGUCGCACUCGCUUUCCCCCGUCGCCUUUGGCUUUCCCCCGUUGUCCUUGCUUCCCCCGUCGCCCUCGCUUUCCCUCGUCGUCAUUGCUUUCCCCCGUCUCUCUCGCUCUCCCCCGCCGCCCACUCGUCUCCCCGUCUCUCUCGCUUUCCCCCGCCGCCCACUCAUUCUCUCGUCGUUCUCGUUUGCCCCCGUCACCCACUCUUUCCCCCGUCGCACUCGCUUUCCCCCGUCGCCUCUGACUUUCCCCCAUCGUCCUUGCUUCCCCCGUCGCCCUCGCUUUCCCCCUUCAUCAUUGUUUUCCCCUGUCUCUCUCGCUCUCCCCCGCCGCCCACUCCUUUCCCCGUCCCUCUCGCUUUCCCCCGCCGCCCACUCCUUCUCCCGUCGUUCUCGUUUGCCCCCGUCACCCACUCUUUCCCCCGUCGCACUCGCUUUCCCCCGUCGCCUCUGGCUUUCCCCCGUCGUCCUUGCUUCCCCCGUCGCCCUCGCUUUCCCCCGUCGUCAUUGCCUUCCCCCGUCUCUCUCGCUCUCCCCCGCCGCCCACUCCUUUCCCCGUCUCUCUCGCUUUCCCCCGCCGCCCACUCCUUCUCCCGUCGUUCUCGUUUGCCCCCGUCACCCACUCUUUCCCCCGUCGCACUCGCUUUCCCCCGUCGCCUCUGGCUUUCCCCCGUCGUCCUUGCUUCCCCCGUCGCCCUCGCUUUCCCCCGUCAUCAUUGCUUUCCCCCGUCUCUCUCGCUCUCCCCCGCCGCCCACUCCUUUCCCCGUCUCUCUCGCUUUCCCCCGCCGCCCACUCCUUCUCUCGUCGUUCUCGUUUUCCCCCGUCACCCACUCUUUCCCCCGUCGCACUCGCUUUCCCCCGUCGCCUCUGACUUUCCCCCAUCGUCCUUGCUUCCCCCGUCGCCCUCGCUUUCCCCCGUCGUCAUUGCUUUCCCCCGUCUCUCUCGCUCUCCCCCGUCGCCUCUGGCUUUCCCCCGUCGUCCAUGCUUCCCCCAUCGCCCUCGCUUUCCCCUCGUCGUCAUAGCUUCCCCCGUCGUCUCGCUUUCCCCCGCCACACACUCCUUCCCCCGUCUCUCUCGCUUUCCCCUCCUGCCCACUCCUUCUCCCGUUGUUCUCGUUUGCCCCCGUCACCCACUCCUCCCCCCGUCGCACUCGCUUUCCCACGUCGCCUCUGGCUUUCCCCCGUCGUCCUUGCUUCCCCCAUCGCCCUCGCUUUCCCCCGUCGUCAUUGCUUUCCCCCGUUGCUCUCACUUUCCCCCGCCGCCCACUCCUUUCCCCGUCUCUAUCGCCUUCCCCCGCCACCCACUCCUUCUCCCGUCGUUCUCGUUUGCCCCCGUCACCCACUCCGUCCCCCGUCGCUUCCACUUUCCCCCGACACCCACUCCUUCCCCUGUCGCUCUCGCUUUCCCCUGCCGCCCACUCCUUCUCCCGUCGCUCUCGCUUUCCCCCGCAGCCACUCCAUCUCCCGUCGCUCUCUCUUGCCUCCGACACCCACUCCUUCCCCCGUCGCCGUCGCUUUCCCCCGUCUCCCUCCCUUUCCCCCAUCUCCCUCCCUUUCCCCCGUCGUCCGUAACCUCCCCGUCGCUCUCGCACGCUCCUCGUCGCUCUCGCUUUCCCCCGUCGCCUUUGUUACACACCGUCGUCAUUGCUUUCCCCCGUCGCCAGCUCCUUCCCCUCUCGCCCUCCCCUUCCGCCCCCGCCUUUUCUUGA